GCGACGAGAGCUCUCGGUGAACGUUUUCGGUCGAACGUAUCGCAAAUUUCUUGUCUUCGAAAGAAUCGUUUACUUAAUCACUUGACGUUUAUAAAUCGUUGUCGUGUAAAAAAACAAAGAAAGAAAGAAAAGGAUAGGCAAAUAGAUAUUUGCAUAUAUACACAUACACACACACACAUACGUAGAGAGAAAGAGUGGGAUUCUAAGUACGUGUAUGCAUACGUGCAUGUAUAAGUCGCGUCGGUCUUUUGGCCGCGCUGCCUCCGACAAUCAUGUUCGACGAUCAGUACCAGCUGACUCGUUGGUCGGCACGGAACAUUUCGCGAGGAUGUGUCGCAUGUUCGAACAAUUCCGACGCCAAUAAUAGUAAUAAUUCGUACAACGAUAAAGAGGAAGAACAUUGCGAGGAAGAAAAGGAAAAGGAAGACAAAGAAAAAUUAGAAGAAGGAAGAAAAAGUGGUUUUAUACUAUUAUAGUCCUAUAUACGGCACUUCCUUGCGUCGCCACCGACGUCGCUUCCUCCUCCUUCUCCUUGGAUACUUUGCUAGUCGCGCGCGAGUGCGCGCGCGCACAACCGACCGAACCUAACUCCCUUCCCAUUCUCUGACACUUUUUUCCAAUCGCGUACAGUGCCAGACGAGAACUAUAUACGACGUUCGUAAUAGAGAUAUAAAUAUAUAAAUCGACGGAAGUUUUUUUUUUACUUUUUUGUUAGUCCGAUGAUCCUCGACGAUAUCGUGAUUUUUAGUGUUUGCUUCGUCAUAUUUUCUGUUUCCCUCUCUCUUACACUCUCUCCCUCCCUCCCUCCCUCUCACUCUCCAUGUGCGUACAAGUGUGUAUUUCAAUCUUUUUAUCCCUAUAAUGUAUACUUACCUCUCGUAUCGUUCUCUUUGUACGACGAGACAACGAACGAACGAGCGAACGAGCGAGAAAGAAAGAGAGAGAGAAAGAAUUUGUCUGUGAGUACGUGAUAUGCGCUGGUACACACAUACGGAUAUACACAUAGAACCAACUCAUUCUCUGAUUCGUGCUGUGCUUCGACGCACGACAACGCAUUCCCUUCUCAACCACGUGGGUUUCACAAUGCUCCCGCUCGAUGCGAACGUUGCGACAAAGAAGACUGGAAAUUCAUCCUCCAAAGGAGACAAUAUAGACGCAUCCUCGUGUCCUAAUGUUUUCAACGACAACAACGACAACGACGACGACGACGACGACGAUGACGACGACGACGACGACGGCGACGACGAAGGGAAUAAUGUUCGAGCUAGAGCAGCAUAGACUGACGAAGAUGAUGAUAAACGAAUAAAUGGUUAGACAGGUAUAAUGGGGUCGAAGAAGUACUUCAUCUUCAACAAGAAGCUUUUCUAAGUGCGUUCAAAUACGAUUAGAAAUUGUGGAAUAUCGAAGAAAUUGUUUCGGUGUUCGGAAAGGCGUCAAGAAGAGGGAGAGAAAGAGAGAGAGAGAGAGAGAGAGAGAGAGAAAGAGAGAGGGAGGGAGGGAGGGAGAGAAAGAGAUACUCUAAAUUCAUAAAGGAUUUUGAAUGUUGCUGACGAGAUCUCUGCGAUCCUAUUGGAAUAGAGUUGCACCGGUAGAAGUCGAUAGGCACCUUCCAGCGAGAGAACGAUUAGUUGUCUGCGACGAUAGAAGGAGAAAGAGAAAGAGAAGGAGGAGGAAGAGGAGGACGUUUGAGAGGAAGAGGAAGAAGGAGAGCAAAGCAAAGUUGAAAGCAUAUGUGUCUGUGUAAUAUGUGUGUGUAGAGAAAGAGAGAGAGAGGGGUGGGGGAGAAGCAAGAAACGGUGUUAGCGAGAGAUAGAGAGAAUCGUGGAGCUAGCAGAAGCAAAAGGACCAUCACCAGCAACGGCAGCAGCAGCAGCAGCAGCAGCAGCAGCAGCAGCAGCAGCAGUAGUAGUAGUAGCCUGGUGUCCAUGAGACAAGAAGAUGACAAGGAUGAAGCUAGUGCUCGUGUUACUCUGUGUCCUGGCGCCUCUGGCAAUCUGCCAACAACAAAAGAGAUGGUCGAUGGCUUGGAGCAAGCAUCGGGACAAAACAGCCAAGGGCAAGUACGAGCCAGAUUACGUCGCAAACAGGAGGACAAGUAGAAUCGAUGAAUUCUUUGAGGAUGAACACAAGUUCACCGUUUAUAGGAACAACAGGGCCAUCGAUUCUAACAGGCCGGUAGACACCACCGGUUCGAGCAAAAGCUAUCAAUAUUCCUCGCACUCAUCGAAAUCACGGGGAAAAUCUAGCGAGGAGAUGCGUGAGAACAGUCGAAGAACUAAAAACGUAACGAUAGGCGAUGGUAUAUGUCAGAGCAUUGACAUUAGAAACAAUGUUUACAACUUCGAUAUACUUGAAAAUUGUCACGUGAUCGAGGGCUUUCUACAGAUCGUUCUGAUCGAGAACAAUACCGAGGCCGACUUUCAAAACCGUACAUUUCCGAAGCUACGAGAGAUCACUGGUUAUCUCCUACUCUAUCGCGUUUACGGAUUGAAGAGCCUGAACAAUCUCUUCCCGAAUCUCGAAACCAUCAGAGGGAAUAUACUGCUUACAGAUUAUGCAUUUAUGGUAUACGAAAUGCAAAACCUGCAGGAGAUCGGCUUAAGAAAACUGACGAAAAUCUCGAGGGGUGGGGUAAGGAUCGAGAAAAAUCCAGCCUUGUGUUACACCAAUACAUUAAAUUGGGACGCUAUCGUUACGGCCGGGGACAAUUUUAUCAAGGAUAAUAGCAAUGAAAGUUCGUGUCCAAGUUGCUCGCAAUGUCCCGACGGUUAUUGUUGGACGGCCCAACAUUGUCAAGUAACGAAUAAAACGAAGUGUCACCAUCAGUGCCUUGGAGAAUGUUACGGUAUAACGGAGAGCGAUUGCUACGUCUGUAAACAUUAUCGGCACGAAGGGAAAUGCGUCGAGAAUUGUCCGGAUCAUUUAUACGCCUAUAUAUCAAGGCGAUGUAUAACGAAAGCCGAAUGUCUGAAAAUUAAUCACUUACGGAAAAUAUCGAAAAUCGAGGACGAACAAAAAUGGCGACCCUUUAAUGGUUCCUGCCUAACGCAAUGCCCCGAGGGAUACGAGGAUCACAUCGACGAGAACAAGAUGAUAACCUGUCGAGUUUGCAAGGAUAGAUGUCGUAAGAUAGGAAAGAGUGCCAUCAUAAGGCACAUCUCGGACGCUCAAGUGUUUCGAGGGACGACGGUGGUAAACGGGGCUUUGGAAUUCCAAAUAAGAAACGGUAAUCCGAACAUCAUGCAAGAAUUAACCGAAGCUUUUGGCCUGAUCGAGGAGAUUACCGAAUACCUCAAGGUGACUCACUCCUUUCCAAUCACGUCAUUGGGCUUCUUCAAAAAACUCAAGGUCAUCAAGGGCGAAAAAUUGGACAUAAACAAUGCGAGCUUAAUCGUAUUGGAUAAUCCAAAUCUUUCGAAUCUCUUUCCGCCGUCGCAGAAGAUCGAUAUACAAAACGGCAGAUUGUUCUUUCAUUACAAUCCAAAACUUUGUAUAUCAAAGAUCGAACAGCUUGGCCAAAUGGUAGGUAUAACGGAUCUUAGCAAUCUCGAGGUACAACCGGAAUCAAAUGGGGAAAAAGUAGCAUGCAAUGUCGUCAACAUAAAUAUCACGGUCAAAGAAAAAGGCUCGAGUUAUGUGAAUCUGAUUUGGGACAGUUACAAGCCACCUAAAGAACAGCAAUUAUUGAGCUAUCUAUUGAGUUACAUAGAGACCGAGAAUGAAAACAUCACUUACGAAGCUAACGCCUGUGGUAAUAAUACUUGGCAGAUCGUUGACGUUGACAUACCCAAUGGGAAUUCGUUGCUCCUGAAAACUGUAUCGAAACACAUUUCGGGUCUUAAACCGUACACGAAAUAUGCCGUUUACGUGAAAACCUUUACAACGAGAAACGAAAGUUUUUCGAAUUCCUUCAUUAAUCCCGUUGGCCAAUCGGAGAUAAUAUUUUUCAGAACGAAAAGUGACAUACCUUCUAUGCCCACCGACGUUGUUUCUAUUUCGAUAAGCGAUACCGAGAUUAUGGUCAAAUGGAAUCCACCGGAGCAACCAAAUGGUCCCAUUGGUUAUUACAUGAUAUCCGGUUUGUUAAGACCGGAGGACGCGAAAUUUCUUUCCACUAGAGAUUACUGUAAAUACGGUCUUAUCGAUGAAUCCGAAGUCGAAGAAAUACAGGAAGUUACUGCUAAAGUACCGAUCGUCGGCCCGUCCUCUUGCUGUUCGAAGGACGAGUCGAUUAAACCGCCAACGUCGAAAAAGUUCGAGAUACUUUGCGAUCAAAAUCUCAGGAUAAGUCACGUUUCCACCGGUUGGAAAGAUUAUUGCGUUUUCAACAGGUACAACUCAAUGAACGAAUCCGAAUAUGGAUUGAGAAACGAGCCGUUGGGUAUUGACGAGGAAACGUUCGUCUAUAACGUCAGCGCCAAGGAAAAUUCAUUUCAUUUGAAGAAUCUACGACACUUCUCUUUGUAUACCAUUUCCGUUGCUGCUUGCGGAGUCAAACUUCGGGACGAUUUACAAAUGUGCUCGUCCAUUCAAUAUACCAACGCGCGAACGAAGAGACGCGAAAAGGCCGACGACGUGGGCAACGUCAUAACACACAUAACCAACAAUUCGAUCGUCGAGAUUUCUUGGGAUACCGUUAGAAAUCCCAAUGCACUCACUCUGAGCUAUACGAUCGAGUAUACGAAUUUAGAUGUUAAAGAUGCGAAGAAAAGUACGGAGUGUAUACCGUACGUAGGACGUGGCGACGAACGUAAGACUCACGAGAUUAAAAACUUAAGCCCAGGUCAUUACAGUCUCCGGGUACGUUCGACCUCGUUAGCUGGCGAUGGUAAUUUCUCCGAGACGAUUUAUUUUUCCGUUGGACUACUUAAUGAUAAUCCAGUAGUAUUAAUAUCAUUGCUGAUCUUUGGCUUCUUCAUCGUUUUCACCAUAAUUGGAUAUAUUUAUCUUAGAAAUCGUCAAAAGAAGAAGAAGCAAGAGAGAUUGAUAGCAAGCGUAAAUCCUGAUUACAUUGAGACAAAGUAUACUAUCGACAGUUGGGAGGUACCUAGAGAAAGCGUUGAGAUAUUGGAAGAGCUUGGCCUUGGUAAUUUUGGAAUGGUGUGUCGUGGCCGUUUGGACAAUACCAUCGACGUAGCGAUAAAGACGAUCUCUGAGACGGCCAGUGAGCGCGAAAAGAAUGAGUUUUUGAAUGAGGCCUCGGUAAUGAAAAAUUUCUCAACCUUUCACGUAAUUAAAUUGUUAGGAGUCGUUAGCAUUGGGAAUCCACCAUUCGUCGUAAUGGAACUAAUGGAGAACGGAGAUUUGAAGACAUAUUUGCGACGUAUACGAGACACACAUUUCGUACCGAACGCAUCGAGAAUAAUAAGAAUGGCGGCUGAGAUAGCUGAUGGGAUGGCUUAUUUGGAAUCGAAGAAAUUCGUUCAUCGUGAUCUGGCUGCCAGAAAUUGCAUGGUCUCAAAGGAUUUGGUUUGCAAGAUUGGAGAUUUUGGCAUGGCCAGAGAUAUAUACGAGACCGAUUAUUAUAAAAUCGGUAAGAAGGGACUUUUGCCGAUAAGAUGGAUGGCACCGGAGAAUCUUUCGGACGGUGUUUUCACGUCAGACUCGGACGUUUGGUCGUUCGGUGUAGUACUCUAUGAGAUAUUAACGCUCGCUGAAAUACCAUAUCAAGGCUUUUCCAACGAGGAGGUAUUGAAUUACGUUUUGCACAAAGGUUCCCUCGGUAUACCAAGAAACUGUCCGGAAAAUAUUCAAAAAAUCAUGGAGAAGUGUUUCAAGUGGCGGCCGAACGAUCGUCCAACCUUCAUGGAGAUCGUCGCUGAAUUGGAACCUUUUCUGGGUCAGGACUUUUGUGAGAAAUCCUUUUAUCACUCCGAGGAGGGUGUCGAGAUACGUAAUCUAGGAAUUAAGAAGGUCUAUCAUCACGCUGCACCGAUACGUUUUCAUUGGGGCAACGAGACCGCUCGGUGGGUUCGAGAAUUCGAAGAUAACGUGACGCUUCUUGAUCAAACGAAGGCCGGCACCAGUCGAGGACGUAUAUUCAAGAAUGGCUUUCAACAGUUCGGUAACGUUACCAAUAUGGAGGAAGUUCCUCUUGAUCGAUGAAAUUUUUCUCACGUUAGACUCGCGUCUUCUUUAUCGAGGGUAAAAUGGAAGUCGUCGUGUUGUCGUUUGGUCUCGCGUGUAGUAUCAAUAAUGGGAAAAAAACGCAAAUAAUAACGUACAAACAUACACUCAGGGCAAUAUGAGAGAUGGGAGGACUAAGAGGAAAAUAAAAG